CGCCACCGCCUGAAGAAGCCCCAUCCAUCCGCCUGCAGCCGGGGAGACUCAGAACCUGGGAGGGGCCUGGGGCCCGGGCCGCCCGCCUCCUUUUUCUAGCCGUCGUCCGGGGCUUCCUCUUGCUCCACCAACCCUCUGCCCUCCCCUCCGCCUCCGCCCUCCUCCUCGGUCUCCAGCCGCCAGCCAACCGCGCGGCCGCUUGUUGAGCCAGGGUUCCUCCGUCUCCAUGACGCCCGGCAAACAUUCCCGAGCCUCAGCCAGAGCCGCUAACGCCGAGGGUUGGGGACAGGGACUCCAGAAGCAGCCAGGGAAGGGGUGGCCCACCACUCCACAGCCUGUCGCAACCAUGCCUAUUUCUCCAGCAAACAGCCGCAAGCAGCAGAACCUCUGGUUGAGCACUGGCCCACAGCCAAAGAAGUCUAUUAGCUUUAUCAGCACAGUAAAAGGAACCCAAACAAAAGGAUAUAGUGGUGCAAACCAAAGCAGAAUGGCUCUGUCAAAAACCCUGACAAUUGCACCUGAGAUAAAAGCAGAAAAAAUGAGUAUUUCCACCCCAAGGAUAGUCAUACAGGUAAUUGAUGCACAUGGAGUUGAUGUCACUCCCCGACCUCUUUAUCAUCCAGAUCCACAUACAGGUACAGCAAAGCCAAAUAAACUACUGACAUCACGAGAAGGAUCAUUUGCAGCAGAAUUUAUAUCUUCUUAUAGCCUUUAUCAGAAUACAUUAAAUCCUAGUAUGUUAGGGCACUUUACAAGGUCAGUUUUAGGAAGCAGUAUAGUUUCUAAGUCAAGUGUAUCUACUACUGAAUCAAUAGCAGAAGACCUAGAAGAACCAUCCUAUAAACGAGAAAAAUUGACUAGUUUUACAGAUUUACGAGUUGUGAGAGCAACACCUGGAAAAAUUGUAACAAAAGAAGACCUAGAAAAGACUAUAGAGAUAAUACUCACAGAGACGGAAACACUAAGAUUUUUUAACCUACCGACAGUCAUGGUUUCUGUAGAAUCUGAAGAAGCUAUGAAAGUAAGGCAGAGAAACAAGAAUUAUGAGACCCUUUGUAGAAAUAGAUUAGGCAAUGAUUUAUAUGCUGAAAGGAUGAUGCAGACUAUUAAUGGAGCACCAAAGAAUAAAGAUGUUCAGUGUGACAAAAUCAUAAAAGAAGACAAAGGUAUAAUGUCCACUACUUGGGAUUUGCAUGAUUCUUAUAUUGCUAUGGAGCUUUCAUCUUUACCAGCAAAACAAUCUAUCCUUGAAUCAUGUGGUAAAGCAAAUGUACCUUCUAAAGAUCGAGAGCAAAGAGUGCCAGGGAGUACUACAGAAAAAGAUAGUGAAGCUAGUUCUUUAAUGGAUAUAGAAAAUGUAAUUUUGACUAAAGUCCAUGAUGAUGAAGUAGACCACUCAGAGACAAUAUUGAAAUCUGACAAGUUUCAUCAGGAUUUAUUUUUUAUGGAACGAGUUCUAAUGGAAAAUAUAUUUCAACCAAAACUUGCAGCUUAUCGUCAGCUUCCUAUUUUAAAAGAACCAGAACCUGAAAAACCUGAAGACUUUCAAGAAGGUGAAAAACUUGAAAAGACAGAGGAAGAGGGUCAGAAGGAAGAGGAAGAAGAAAUAGAAAUAAGUACAGGACAAUCAACAAUACCAGCCAAUUUAGAACGACUUUGGUCCUUUUCCUGUGACUUAACCAAAGGCCUUAAUGUGAGCAGCCUUGCCUGGAAUAGAACAAAUCCUGAUCUUUUGGCUGUUGGCUAUGGGCACUUUGGAUUUAGAGAGCAAAAAAGAGGAUUGGCUUGCUGCUGGUCAAUAAAGAAUCCUAUGUGGCCAGAACGUAUUUAUCAGAGUCCAUAUGGAGUUACUGCUGUGGAUUUCUCCAUUGGAGCACCUAAUCUUUUAGCAGUUGGCUAUCACAAUGGUACCAUUGCAAUUUAUAAUGUACAGAGCAACAGUAAUGUUCCUGUUCUGGAUAGUAGUGAAUCACCUCAAAAACAUUUGGGACCUGUAUGGCAACUACAGUGGAUAGAACAAGAUCGAGGGACAACAGGGGAUGACAAAAGAGAAAUACUAGUUUCUAUAUCAGCAGAUGGAAGAAUCUCCAAAUGGGUUAUACGGAAAGGACUGGACUGUCAUGAUUUGAUGCGUUUGAAGCGAACUACUUCUAGCAGCAGCAAAAAAGGAGGGGAGAAAGAAAAGAAAGGUGAAGCUCUGAUAUCUCGACAGGCCCCUGGAAUGUGUUUUGCUUUUCAUCCUAAGGAUACAAAUAUCUAUUUGGCUGGCACUGAAGAGGGUCAUAUUCACAAAUGUUCUUGUUCGUAUAAUGAACAAUACCUAGAAACCUACAGAGGACAUAAGGGUCCAGUGUAUAAAAUAGCAUGGAAUCCAUUUUGUCAUGAUGUGUUCUUAAGCUGUUCUGCAGAUUGGGGUGUUAUUAUAUGGCAACAGGAGAAUCCCAAGCCAUUUUUGAGUUUUUAUCCAACUACUUAUGUUGUUUAUGAUGUUGCCUGGUCUCCAAAAUCAGCCUAUGUAUUUGCAGCCGCGAAUGAGAGCAGAGUAGAGAUUUGGCACCUUCACAUCAGCACUUUGGAUCCUCUGAUUGUGCAUGUUGCUAACCCCGGAAUCAAGUUCACAACUGUCCUCUUUGCCAAACAAACAGAUUGCCUUCUGGUGGGUGACAGUGAUGGACAGGUUGGUGUGUAUGAACUGAGAAAUAUGCCUGCUGCUUUGGAUUCUGGCCGGGGAGAUGUAAUAGAUAUUUUGAUUGGAUCCAAGUCAAAACAACCAGGAUAAUUCAUCAUUACUAAUACCUUCUCUUGUUGCUGUUUAAAGAAAAAGAAACAGUGUUUAACAUCCAAUAGUCCAAUUUGUAUGCAAUAAGCUGGGAUUUUGAUGUUAGAAAAUGAUAUUUGAUGUAUAACUUACAUUUCAACUUAACAUAAACUUAAUAAACUUUUAUUUCAGAGAUAUGUGA